GUGAAAGUUGCCAACCUUACAACCUCCCCGCCGUGCUCCUCUCUCCUGGUGGCUGUGGUUUCAGCUCUGAACCAUCGCUUCGGAUUCAGUGCACUGCUCACGUGCACAUGAGAUGACCCCAGCAUGAAGUUUGCUCGUGAGUUCCGGGAUGCCUUGGCAAACGAGGGCUUUCCUGCCCGUUGGGUCCAGCAUGCCGUACCCUAUGGUGAACUCAAAAAGUGCCUGAAGAAGGUUCGAGCUGAGCUCGACGGCCUCGGUCUUGACAGUGCAACUCUUGCUCACUUAAAAACACUAUCUGAUCGAGAGACAUCAAGUGGAAGGAGGGGAAGUGCCUUCCAAUACAGAUUUGAUGGAACCGAGAGACCCAUUCCACGGCUCACUUUAUUUGUCCAGUUCGAGGAUGGCGUCGCUGUUGAUGCAGCGUUGACCCCCGGUACUAAAAAAUAUCUCGAAACUUUGGCUCGUAAAGGGACGCCUGGGGACUCUCUUUCAGGGAGCCCCGAAAUCGAAACCCAGUCCAAUGAAGCAUCAAGCGAUAACCAUGAGCUGUCUGAGCCGGCCCUUCCUUAUAGACCACGAGUGAAACGAGUGGAAAUCCCCUUGACCUUCGACGCCGAAUUUUUCGACAUCCUCUUGGACGAUGUAACCUCUCUAGAUGCCCUACAAUCGGAGGAGCAGAAAACUCUGGGGGACGAAAUCACGGAGCUAUCCACUGCGGUCACUACUGUUACGCAACGCAAGAUGUUCCGCAAGACAGAUAUGUACCGGUGGAGAGAGUUAAUCGAUGUCUACCUCCAGGCCGGUGUGUUCUUCUCCACACACGAAAUUGACCAUGGAAGUCGGAGCCAUGCGGCCGCGGCACGACAGUUGCAAUGGUUUCAAAGCGAGGUAACCAGAAGGGGUCUUACAGAUCUCUUCAAGUUACCGGCGAGUCGUCCGGCGUUUGAUCGCUUCAUUGCUAUAAAUGUAACUUUGUUGAAGAACUUGAAGUUCCAAGAAAUCAACAAGAUAGCCAUUACCAAGAUCUUGAAAAAAUUUGACAAAAGAACUCAUCUUGGCGUAGGGAGAACAUUCCCAAAGAUCAUUGCAUCGGAUCCAAUAAUGUCUGAAACUAUGGCCAAAGCAGUUUGUGCCCAAAUGUCAACCGACCUCUCCCAAAUUGUGCCUCAACUGGACGACUAUUCGUGUCCCAUCUGCUCGGAGGUCCAAUGGCGACCUGUACGCAUGAAGUGCCAGCACAUUUUCUGCAGUAAUUGCGCUGUCAAGAUGCAGAAGCAGAGGAGAAAGUUCUGUCCACUUUGUCGAGAGGACGUGGUUCUGCAAGCCGACGAAGAUAAUGUGGACAAAGGUCUUGAAAAAUUCCUCGAGAAAAGCUUUCCAAAGGAGGUGAGGGCUAAGAGGAUUGAGAUAGAAACUGCAGCAGGGAUCGAGUAAGCACUAUCUGAGUUCAAUAUCUUACCCUUGAAGGCGAUGCUAAUUCAAAAAUAGGCAAUUUGGUCCUUCAUACAAGCAUCCCUCGGAUGGUGGCGGGUGCCAGACUAUGUGAGCCGGGCCCGGAUAGUUUCGGUUAUGGGCAAGGCCUCAACCAGCCAAGGAUUCAUUAGGCACAUAGAUACCCAGUAUUGUAAUUGGUAAUGUUUUAUAUUUUCCAGUAUCAGAGUCCGAUUUUGAACAGGGGGUUGGUA